AUGGACCCGGAUAAAAAGUUCGACUUCGUGCGUCCUCCUGAAUGUCCAGUCUUUGAACCUGAUGCAGAGGAAUUUAGCAAUUUUGAAGAGUACAUAGAGAAGAUCAAACCUCUGGCUGUUCAAUAUGGACUGUGCAGAAUCAAAUCUCCCCCAUCUUGGAAACCGCCAUUUGUUGCUGAUCCCCAUAAGUUCAAAUUCACUCCAAGAGUUCAACGAUUGAAUGAAAUUGAGGCCAACACAAGAGUGAAAUGGAUGUUUAUGUCAAAUUUGGAUAAAUUUUGGAGUUUACAGGGCUUCAAAUUCAAGAAUCCAACCAUUGAUGGAAAGUAUCUGGACUUCUUUAAACUCAAGAAAACUGUGGAUGAAGUAGGAGGAUUUGAAACAAUAUGCACAAAAAAUUUAUGGAUUGUUGUGGCCAAAAAGUUGGAGCUUUCAGGAAAGAAGGCACCUAGUUUGCUGAAAAGCCAUUAUGAAAAAUAUUUAUAUCCUUAUGACAUUUUCCAAGCUGGCAUCCACAACCAGGUUUUUUACUAUCUUUUUUCUCUGACAAUUGCCUCUCAGAGCUGCUUAAAAUAUUUUUUUUGCUUGCUUAGUUUCAAAUUAAUUUUCACUCAGACACUUUUUGAACUAUGCAAGUCAUCAGCAGCAAAACAAGACAAAUUUCAUCUUAUUUCUGACUUUGGUAAUGGGUUGAAACAUUCACUGGCAGAGGAGGAUAAGACAAAUGAAGAUGACAUUCCACGUAAGCGAAACAAAGUAAUUUUAUUUUUACUUAUUCAGCUCAACUUCUAUAAAUCUCAAAAUUCAAGAAGUCAAAACAAGGAUUACAAAUGUCAAAGUUGUGAGAGAGGUGAUGACGAUGAUGUGUUACUGCUAUGUGAUGGAUGUGAUGAGGCCUACCAUACAUUCUGCCUGAUACCACCCCUCAGUAAAAUUCCUCCAGGUGAUUGGCUUUGUCCCCGCUGUGUGGCUAAGGAAUGUAACCAGUCACCAGCAACAUAUGGCUUUGAGCAGGCAGACCUUGAAUACUCGUUGGAUUCAUUCACGAAAAUGGCUGAUGAUUUUAAACGAAAAUAUUUUGACAUGGAUCCUAAAUUAGUGCCUUGUGAAAUUGUGGAGAAAGAGUUCUGGCGCAUACUAUCUGCAGGAGAUAAUGUUGUUGUGAAUUAUGGAGCAGAUAAUCCUGCCAAUGUUUGUGGAAGCGGUUUUCCGAUUUCUUCAAGUCCAGAAAACAACGAGGAAUACGUGAAAUCAAGUUGGAACUUAAAUAAUCUAUCCAUCUUACCGACAUCUACAUUGCGCUUCAUUGAAGAGGAAGUAUCUGGAAUGAAGGUGCCUUGGUGCUAUGUGGGAAUGGUGUUUUCAUGUUUUUCUUGGCACACUGAGGAUCACUAUUCUUACUCUGUGAAUUAUAUGCAUUGGGGUGAGCCAAAGACUUGGUAUGGUGUUGGAGGUGCAGAUGCGUGCAAGUUGGAAGAAUGCAUGUUGCAUCAUGUUCCUGAAUUAUUCAAGUAUUCGCCUGACCUCAUGCACCAACUGACGACACUCCUCUCACCAUCCAUUCUCAUGUCCUUUGGUGUACCUAUAACUCGCACGGAUCAGUAUCCAGGUGAUUUUAUAAUCACCUUCCCGAGGGCCUACCAUGCUGGCUUCAAUCAGGGCAUCAACUUUGCUGAGGCCGUCAACUACUGUCCUGCUGACUGGAUAAAAUUGGGUCGACUUUCUGUUAUUGAAUAUAAGAAUGUCAAACGAGCCUGUGUAUUUUCUUUGGACGAAUUAUUUUGCAAAAUGUCCCUGCACUUAAAUGAACUCCAAAUAGACUUAAUUAGAAUUCUUUUGGAAGAUCUUCAAGCUGUAUUCAAUUUUGAAAGCAAAAUGUUAGAGAGAGCAGAGCUAAGUGGGAUAUCGAAAAAAGAAAAAUUAAUAUUUGAAGAUCUGUGCGACGAUGAGAGAGUUUGUUGUAUAUGUCAAACAACUUGCUUUCUUCAUGCUGUCGUGUGUGACUGCUCAGGUGAGUUUUUUUCUCUGUCCAUUUUAUUAUUAAUGCCUUUGCCUAUUUUUAACGUGUACUUUAGAACUGUACCAAAUAUAAUUACAUUGAAUAUAUAA